AUGUCGCACCUCCAACAACAGUUACCACGUCGUACCUCCAACUACUGUUACCACGUCGCACCUCCAACAACAGUUACCACGUCGCACCUCCAACUACUGUUACCACGUCGCACCUCCAACAACUGUUACCACGUCGCACCUCCAACUACUGUUCAACACGUCGCCUCUCCAAUUACUGUCCACACUGUCACCCCUCCAGCUACUAUCCACACUGUCACCCCUCCAACUGCUGACCACACUGUCACCCCUCCAGCUACUAUUAACAUUGUCACCCCUCCAGCUACUGUCCACACUGUCACCCCUCCAGCUACUGUCCACACUGUCAUCCUUCCAACUACUGUCCACACUGUCACCUCUCCAGCUACUGUCCACACUGUCACCCCUCCAACUACUGUCCACACUGUCACCCCUCCAGCUACUGUCCACACUGUCACCCCUCCAACUACUGUCCACACUGUCACCCCUCCAGCUACUGUCCACACUGUCACCCCUCCAACUACUGUCCACACUGUCACCCCUCCAGCUACUGUCCACACUGUCAUCCUUCCAACUACUGUCCACACUGUCACCUCUCCAGCUACUGUCCACACUGUCACCCCUCCAGCUACUGUCCACACUGUCAUCCUUCCAACUACUGUCCACACUGUCACCCCUCCAACUACUGUCCACACUGUCAUCCUUCCAACUACUGUCCACACUGUCACCUCUCCAGCUACUGUCCACACUGUCACCCUCCAACUACUGUCCACACUGUCACCCCUCCAGCUACAGUCCACACUGUCACCCCUCCAACUACUGUCCACACUGUCACCCCUCCAACUACUGUCCACAUCGUCACCCCUCCAACUACUGUCCACAUCGUCACCCUUCCAACUACUGUCCACACUGUCACCCCUCCAAUUACUGUCCACAUCGUCACCCUUCCAACUAAUGUCCACAUCGUCACCCCUCCAACUACUGUCCACACUGUCACCCCUCCAGCUAGUGUCCACAUUGUCACCCCUAUAUCUACUGUCCACACUGUCACCCCUCCAACUACUAUCCACACUGUCACCCCUCCAACUAGUGUCCACAUUGUCACCCAUAUAUCUACUGUCCACACUGUCACCCCUCCAACUACUGUCCACAUCGUCACCACUCCAGCUACUGUCCACAUCGUCACCCCUCCAACUACUGUCCACACUUUCACCUCUCCAGCUACUGUUCACAUUGUCACCCCUCCAACUACUGUCCACACUGUCACCUCUCCAUCUACUGUCCACACUGUCACCCCUCCAGCUACUGUCCACGCUGUCACCCCUCCAACUACUGUCCACACUGUCUCCCCUCCAACUACUGUCCACAUUUUCACCCCUUCAGCUACUGUCCACAUCGUCACCCCUCCAGCUACUGUCCACACUGUUACCCCUCCAACUACUGUCCACACUGUCACCCCUUCAGUUACUGUCCACAUCGUCAACCCUCCAGCUACUAUUAACAUUGUCACCCCUCCAGCUACUGUCCACACUGUCACCCCUCCAACUACUGUCCACACUGUCAUCUCUCCAACUACUGUCCACACUGUCACCCCUCCAGCUACUGUCCACGCUGUCACCCCUAAACUAUUUUCCACGCAGUCACCCCUCCAGCUACUGUCCACACUGUCACCCCUCCAACUACUGUCCACACUCUACUGUCCACAUUGUCACCCCUCCAGCUACUGUCUACACUGUCACCCCUAAACUAUUGUCCACAUUGUCACCCCUCCAACUACUGUCCACACUGUCACCCCUCUAGCUACUGUCCACACUGUCACCCCUCCAGCUACUGUCCACGCAGUCAACCCUCCAUCUACUGUCCACACUGUCACCUCUCCAGCUACUGUUCACACUGUCACCCCUCCAGCUACUGUCCACAUUGUCACCCCUCCAACUACUGACCACACUGUCACCCCUCCAGCUACUGUCCACUCCGUCACCCCUCCAACUACUGUCCACACUGUCACCCCUCCAGCUACUGUCCACAAUGUCACCUCUCCAACUACUGUCCACACUGUCACCCCUCCUGCUACUGUCCACACUGUCACCCCUCCAACUACUGUCCACACUGUCACCCCUCCAGCUACUGUACACACUGUCACCCCUCCAACUACUGUCCACAUCGUCACCCUUCCAACUACUGUCCACAUUGUCACCCCUCCAGCUACUGUCCACUCCGUCACCCCUCCAACUACUGCCCACCCCGUCACCCCGUCAACAAAUGUCCACUUCAUCAUUUUUCAAACUACUUACUGUGCCAUCACACGACACGCCGCAACCCGCCCAACUUCAUUCGACGUCGUAG